AUGACGCCGAAGGAUUUUGCGGCAGUCCCUGGCACGGAGACAGCGCCGUAUGUUGAGCUCGCCGGCAAAACUUCUAUGCCUAACGUCGUCGAGAUCAAGAAGUCUUCUCAGUCCAUGUCGAAGAAGCUUGGGAAGGCCAUGAAGACCAGCUUGGGAAAAAUGUUGCCGUCCAAGCCCGGUGCCAAGUCACCUGGUCAACUCGAAUACCCUGAGCUCGAAAUCCUGCCCACCAAGGAAGGCUACAAAGACCUGGAAGCGCUCCAAAGGAGCAUUGAAACCUUGAAGGGCAGUGAGCAUGCCAAGAUGGCCACCAAUCCAGCUCUUGCUAUUGCUGAGUUGGAGGACCAGCCAGCGUCCUCCCUGGACACUCUGCCUGCGCGGCUCCACGAAGCCGAGCACGCGAGACACGAAUCUGCUAAUGAUACCACUAACACCGUCCAUAAUGAUGUUGCUCUGGAGAGCAAGAACGCUCACAAGAGUGGUACUGAAGCACCGACUAUCCGGCCCGUUACACCGGCCAACAUUAAUAUGCUUCCUGCGGGAGAUUCCACCACUGCCACGACUGAGAAAUGGGCUACCCCGGCCAGUCGUCUGUCUUACACCACAGCUCUUGAUGAGAAUGACGCAGCCGUGGAGUCUUGA